AUGUGUCUGGAGGAUGCACGGAAUUCAUAUGGAAUUGGACAAGCCUGCGAGGAAGAAGUCUUUGAAAUCAUAGAAUUCCAUGAUGAGGAAGAUUUCCCCGAGGAGAACCUAUUGGAUGAAGACUCCCAUCAAGAAGGAGAUGAAGAGUUUGAGGAGGAUUUGCUGGAGGAGGAAUCAAAUAUCCACAAGGCACAGCCUCUCCGUGUGGCAGUAAAAAAUGAGCCAAUUGAAGAUGAGCUGUCCGAAGAGGAAGUCAGCCAGGUAUCCGAUUGCCUGGUGAAGAACGAGCCAAUUGAAGAUGACUUAUUCGAGGAUGAACUGUGCACAAUAGCAGUGGAGCAACCAAAAGUAAGCGAAUACAAGUGCCGCGUCUGCCGAAAGGCUUUUCGUUCGGCGGCCGGCCUCAAAAGACACGACCGGAAAAUCCACAUACAACCUUACCGAUGUGAUACUUGCGGUACGACAUUUUCGACAAAGGAUUCCCUGGACUCGCAUGUCAGGACUCACGAGGAAAACCCAUUCAGUUGCAGUUUUUGCCACAAGCAUUUUCCGGAUGAGUCCCUGCUGAAGGAGCAUACUUCUACGCACUUGCGACCGCACAAGUGCUGUCACUGCCCAAAGUCCUUUCUUUCGGCCUACGAUCUUAAGCGACAUACGCGGAUCCACACGGGCGAACGACCCUACUGUUGUGAGCACUGCCCGAAGUCCUUUGCUGAUAGGACUUCCUUGACGUCGCACACAAGGAUACACAAGGGGGAGCAACCCUACAAGUGCACCGAAUGUUCGAGGUCCUUUUCGCAGCAGUGCAAUCUGCAGAGGCACAUGCGGUGCCACACCGGAGAAAGACCCUACAAAUGCCAGUUCUGCCCCAAGACCUUCACACAACAUUCCAAUAUGGGCCUGCACAUGAGGGCUCAUUCGGGAGAGCGGUUUUAUUGCACUAUUUGCCCCAAGUCCUUUGCCUAUAAUAACGAUCUUAAAAGGCACAUUCGAACCCACUCCGAGGAUAGAAUACAGUGCUCCUUGUGCCCCAAGUUAUUCGCAACCAAAACCAAUCUGGGUAGACACCUUCUUAGUAAGCACGAGCAAAGUCCAAACAAAUAGUUGUAAUAAAGUUUUACGAGGA